UCUGGGUACAAUUUGACAACUGACAUUUUCUAUCAAUGACAGGUUAGCUUGUAAAUAUUUGGAUAGACGGAUAGACGCCGGAAACCAAAUAAUUUCCUGUUUAAGUUGCUGUGAUUUGGUAAUGUAGAAAAAAUGGCCACGGAAAACGAGCUGGACUGUGCCGAGCAAUCUUGUAAAAUCCUGGAGCUUCCCCAUUACGUGCUAAGAAUUCUACUAUCGUACCUAGAUUCUACCUCUUUGUAUCAACUGAGCGAAACAUGCAGCUAUCUCAAAGAAGCCGUGGAGGAUCCAGCUUUGUGGAAACACAUAGACGCGAGGAGUGAACCAAAUAGCAGUGCAAAAAUACAUUACGUUACUGAAAGAAUACAUGAACGAACAGCAAAUCUUUUACUGCGUGGAUACAAGAAAUACAGCAGCGUCCCACAAAACUUCUUCGAAAAAAUAAACUUGUAUGAACAUAUAAAAGUGCUAGCGCUAGAAAGCGUUAAACUGUAUGGAUCUAAGGUAUCACUUAAGGAUUUUCCAGGGUGCUUAGAAGAAUUAAGUUUAAAAAGAAGCUAUGUGAAGAGUUCUGUAUAUUUCUUCCAGCAUUCAGCGAAAAGAAUGCAGAAUUUAAGGGUGCUGAUUUUGGAUGAAUGCAGUUGGGUUACCUGUAGUUUUUUAUUAUCUGUAUCUAAAUUCGAGAAUUUAGAGAUAAUCUCGGCAGUAAAAUGUCUGAGAGCUCAUAUGAAUAUGGUGCCAUACCUGAAUGUUGCUAAAUAUGGAUGUAAAAAGCUGAAAAUAUUAGAUUUUAGAUUUACAGGUAUAGGAGGAGAACUGCUAAGAACGUUCUGCUCAAAACACCCUAUCCAACGUAUGUACUUUCAAAGUUACAAAUCUGCCGAAGUGGAUUAUCAGGAAAAUAUGAACAGCAGUCCGAAAAUGUUGAGUAGGAGUUCGGUAAAUGUAAACGCAGAUUUGAAUAUAACUGACAACAGCCUGCGUGAUUACACCCAUACUACACCUGACACUAAUGUGGAACCGAUCACAAAGAGCAUGCUCUAUCAAGACCCGUAUCCAGACUGUCAAUGUGGAUACAAAAAUAGCAAUGAGGAUAGAAUAAUGCCUGAAACGGUAACAUAUUCUCUGGAAGAUGACUAUGACGUUUACGGGCCACCAACCCAUACUACCGCCAAGUUUGUCUGUAAGAAACAUAUGAAGGAUGUGGAAAAAUUGCCGGACGACUUCAAGGAUUUCUUUGUCAUACAUCAACAACAGUUUCAUUCAGACAUAACAUCGGACAUCGACGACAGCGACAGCGAUUCGUCGGAUGGUUCCGACGAUCCCGGUUGCUGCAUCUACGCGAUGGGUACCAAAAUGGUGAUUUUACCGAACGUGCACGAGCCGAACAGCCGAUCGGAGAUGGACCUACCAGGCAGGGACGGUUUCUCGAGGAACUUCGUACCUUUCAACAUAUUCGUGGUGAACCCGUUCGAUCCUAGGAAUAACAGGCAACAGCAGGACGCGGACGAGAGACCAGCUGACGAUAACCCACAACCAGGUCCGUCUCGGGCUGCCGAUGAAAAUUACGAUUGUUGUGCAGCAGACAGUAAAAAACGGAAACACGAUGACAGCGACAGCGACACUGACGAUGAACCCACCCCUCCGAAGAGAAGAGAUCUGAAAGACGGUCUGGAAACGGGCGAGCAUAUACGGAAAAAUGGAGGUUUUAACGAUGAUUACACGAGAUACUGGAUCGAUAGUGAAAAAAGCAAGAAGACUAACGAUUCGAAAAUUGACGGAACAGGACAGAACGAUGAAUGUAAUCAGUAUGAGAGCGACAGCGAUACAGAGGAAAGGCACAAGAGAAAAGGGAGGAGAUUUAGCGGUUCUGAUGAUGAGGAUUGUGGAAAGAAAAGAUUCAGGCUGGGAGCAUCACAAAAUGAUAGAGACAAUGGGAUUGGAGAGCCACAAGAGACUGAAAGAGACAGCGAUGAAGAUGAAAGGCCGUCAACGUCCGGGGUUAAGUCGCCGGAAAGACGUUUGUCAAAUGGGCGAGGCCGUCAGGAAAACGCUAGUCCGGAAAUUAAUGCUGUGCCAGACGGAAUGUUGGACGGUCUGAUGAGGAUUCGUCCACGCAUUCCACCCAACGCACCAUACGUGCGUGUCAAGCAGGUAGAAGACCACCAGUACCCUCCGAUCGAACAGAGGUUCCGUUACGAUGGCUGGCCGUCGCCGAAGAUCUCUCUGCGCAGGAUAUCGCUGAGGGGGUACAAGAAAGUGACGCAUUUCGCGCUGCUCUAUCUGCGGUAUUUGCAGAUCGAGCUGAUCGAUUUGACGUACACGAGCGUCACGAAAAGGGAAAUCGAAAAUUUCCUGCUGUACAAUCCGAACUGUAGGGUGAUCCAUCCGAUGUAUUGUGUCUGUAAGCCGAAGAAUCCGUUUUCAUGAGUGGAUACGGCAAAUCAUUUCGAAAAACGCUAGUCUAGAGAUCCGGUUAUCUGACGGAGACUGAAUCGUUGAGGGUUUCUUUUAGGGACUGACAGAUAUUUUAUCGAUCUUGGUUUAAUCAACUUUUUUGGAGGACAUGCACGUACAUUUCUCCGCUGUAUCCAUUUCCGACGUCAAAAAUAUCAUUUUUUUAAAUACCUUCAAAUGGUCAAGGUCAAACUGAAGGUGAAAUAUCAAGUAUUAGGCAGAAUUUUUUUUUAGAUAUUGAAAUUUAGUUGAAAAUGUUCCGCUUUAGGCAUUUUGUUUAAAGAUAGACUUGACUUUGAAACGUCCUUGAAGGUCAAGGUCAGCGUCAGUUUCGAUCAAACAAAAUCCUACCUUCAACAGUCCAUUUUUUUCUGGCGUUAACAAUGAAGAUGUGCAUCAAAAAUGUUCCUUGGAAACGACCUUGAAUUCAAGGUCAUUGCUGAGGAAAAAUCCUACACGUAUUCCUAAGUUUUUGUUAUUUUUUCUGUGGUUUAUGGUUUAUCAAUUUCCAGCGUCAAAAAUGCCAUUUGAAAAAUAUCCUUGAAAUGAAUAUGAUGUCAAGGUCAAAUAACCAGGAAAAAAACAGGAUCGCCUGAUCCUAAGCAACAGUUUCGAUCAGAUAAAAUUCAGACAUUGAAAAGUGAUUUUUUUUCACAUCAAAAAUAAAAAAAACUCAUAAUAAAGGUUUUCCCUUGAAAACGUCCUUGCAGGUUCUUGAAUUCAAGGACACCGAUCAGAUAGCUCAGGAAAAAUCCUACACAUAUGCCUCGGUUUCUGAUAUCGUUAUUCCGCUCUAUCCAUUUCCAACGUCAAAAAUGAUAUUUAAAAAAAUGACCUUGAAAUAGACAUGAAGUCAAGGUCAAACAGUCAGAAAAAACUAGGAUCGCGUGUGCUUGGACAGAGCUUCUCUUCGAGAUUAUUUCAUAGACCUUGAAAUUUUGUUGGUCGUACGUAAAAUUUUGUGCUCUAGACAUUAAGGCGUCAAUAUUAUUUGAAAAAUAGACUUGACUUUGAAACGUUCUUGUUUAAAAAUAUGCUUGACUUUGAAACGUCCUUGAAGGUCAAGGUCAGCGUCAAACAGUUUCGUUCAAACAAAAUCCUGACCUUCAAAAGUAAAUUUUUUUCUGGGGUUAACAAUAAAGAGGUACAUCAAAAAUGUUCCUUGGAAACGACCUUGAAGGUCCUUGAAUUCAAGGUCAUUGCUAAGGAAAAAUCCUACACGUAUUCCUAAGUUUUUGUUAUUUUUUAUGUGGUUUAUGCUCUAUCGAUUUUCAGCGUCAAAAAUGUAAUUUGAAAAGAAUAUGAUGUCAAGGUCAAAUAACCAGCUAAAAAUUAGGAUCGCCUGUGCUUGUUUAGAACUUCUCUUAGAGAUUAUAUAAUAGACCUUGAAAUAUCGUUGAAAACUUCGCUUAGAAAAUCCUAAGCAACAGUUUCGAUCAGAUAAAAUGCAGACCUUCAAAAGUGAUUUUUUUCUGGCAUCAAAAAUAAAAAAACUCAUAAUAAAGGUUUUGCCUUGAAAGCGUCCUUGGAGGCCCUUGAAUUCAAGGACACCUUUCAGAUAGCUCAGGAAAAAUCCUACACAUAUGCCUCAGUUUCUGAUAUCUUCCGACCUAUCCAUUUCCAACGUCAAAAAUGAUAUUUAAGAAAUGACCUUGAAAUAGACAUGAAGUCAAGGUCAAACAGACAGAAAAAACUAGGAUCGCGUGUGCUUGAAGAGCUUCUCUUCGAGAUUAUUUCAUAGACCUUGAAAUUUUCUUGAAGGUCUUACGUAAAAUGUUGUGCUCUAGACAUUAAUGCGUCAAUAACAUUGUUUAAAAAAAAAAGACUUGACUUUGAAACGUUCUUGAAGGUCAAAGUCAGCGUCAGCCAACCAAAAGUGAUUUUUGUCUGGCAUCAAAAACAAAAAGGUUUUGCCUUGGAGAUCCUUGAAUUUAAAUUCACCUGUCAGAUAGCUGAUGAAAAAUCCUACACAUAUGCAUAUAUUAUUCUAUGGUUUAUAUUCAUUUUAUAUUUUAAGAAAAAUUGACCUUGAAAUGGACGUGAAGGUCAUUAACCAGACAAAAAUUUAGUUUUGCCGAAAAGUUUCCAUCAGAAAAAAAUCUGACAUUUCAAAGUGGAAUUUUUGCUGGCGUCUAAAUGAAAGGAUCAUUAAAGAAAGGUUUUGCCUUGAAAGGACCAUGGAUGUCCUCGAUUUCAAGGUCUCCGUCAGAUCCUACACGGUUUCUAUUAUUAUUUUUUAUGGUUUUCGAUUUUAUUUUUUGAACGCCCUAUAUUUUUGUUUAUAGUCUAGCGAAUUAUGUAGUCGGUAACACGUGGGUAUACGUGUUUUCUUUCUUUUUUGUAUAGUUCCAGUAAUAUUGUUUUUCUACAUAUCUUAAUGUGAUUUUUAUUUCUGUAAUUAAUGUAUCUGUAAAUUAUUUUAAAUUUACGAAAUAAAUGUUUA